GCUUUCGAGUAUGUCCGUUUUCAGAACAAAGAUCGAAAGGUUGAGGGUUCGAGUUUCCUUUGUGCCUCGGUCAUGUUGACGAAGCCCAAAAGUGUCAAAAUUCGCAGCUUGGAUUGUGAUCGCAAAUACGGGGUGGCUGGGAAAAGUCUGAAAGAAGUGAUGUCCAAAGCCUGCGUCUUUCUUCAGCUUCCUGCUUCCAGCUGCCGACUGUGUUUGUAUGAGGAUGGCACAGAGGUAACAGAAAGUUAUUUCUGUAAUGUUCCAGAUAACACCGAGCUUAUCUUGUUAGCUCAAGGCGAGAUCUGGCACGGCUACGUGAGUGAGAUCCAGCGCUUUCUCCGGGCCUUUUCCAGUCAGACGGAUGAUAUCAUUCACGCAGCGCGGGGUCUGCUCUCCAAGGAGGAAGCCCCCAAGUGGCAGAAGCUGCUAGUGGAUCUCAUUCAGAACCUCAGUGAAAAUAUCUCUGCUGAAAGUAGAGAGGAGGAUGAGAAGUGGUUUGAAGGAGUUGAAUCUCGCUUUAAGACAAAAUCCAGUUACAUGCGUUACAGCUGUGAGAGCAGAAUCCGAGGCUACUUGAAAGAGGUUACCAGUUAUGCCUCUGCUAUACAUCCGUCCGGCCGAGCCAUGUAUAAAAAGCUUGUGGAAGCAAUGGUGGAGAAACUGAAGUUGGAGAGAUACAAUGGCUGUUAUUUCAACAGAAGGGAAGAAGAGAAGGUGUGUCUUUGCACAACAGAGGGCUGGUUUUCCUGUCAAGGCCCCUUUGACAAUGAAAGCUGUCCUUGCAGACAUUCGAUCAAUCCCUACGGAAACCGGGAAAGCAGGAUCCUCUUCAGCACCUGGAAUCUCGAUCAUAUAAUCGAAAAGAAACGGACUGUCCUCCCGACAUUAGCUGAAGCUGUCGCAGCCCGUGACAGAAAGGAAGUCAACUGGGAAUACUUCUACCAGUUGUUGUUUACUGUCGAUAACUUGAAACUUGUGCACAUUGCCUGCCACAAGAAAGCCAACCACAACCUUAGUUGUGACAAAACCAAGAUCUACCGAAAACGAAGACGCCUCCGCAAGGUCCCAGAGAAACACAUUCUGAAAGUAGCUUGCCAGGAGCCUCUUGCCUAAGGCCAAGGAAGAGAGAGAACAUUUUCAGAGCUGUAGGGUCAAUGGGAACCACUUAUUUCUGCUGUGUUCUCGGCUUGCCCAUUUCCUGUGUUAAUGACUCUUGUGCCUAUUGGCUAGUGCCUGUGACGUUUCUCAGACAUUAUCACAUGUUAACAUUGAAUAUACCAAGCAGUUUGCAACUGA